UUGAACGGCCCCUGAUUGCACUGUUACGCACCAGUAAACAGAUAUUUAUUGCCUGGGGAGUAUUACAAUCAAUCACAAUGAACGCGUUGUUUUGGUUAUUAUUUUUUGAUGGAAGGGUUGCGAAUUUCGGUGUCGAACUAUUUUUCUUGUCUGCGGUCGUUUCUAAGAAAUCUGUUUUCUGACAUCAUUAUCUGACUGCAUAAUUCUCGCAAAGCCAAUAACAGCUAAGCCUAAAUGUUUAAGUGUUAAGCCUAAUUGUGUCUAGAUAUGGAUCGUUUGACACUCUCACAUCCCAAAGUUGUAGUUGAUCAAACUAAGAGAUCAGUAAGUAAAGUUUAAUUAAAUAUUACUAAGCACGCGCACAAAACACUUGAAUUAAUUCAAUCACAAAAGGAAAGAACUUCAGACAUAAACUUCUUGUAAAAUGAACCAGUUUCUCUCUGUUUAAAUGCUCUCAUUUUUACACGUCCUAUCUUAAUAUAUCUGAUGCUGUAUUGAAAAGAAGGUAACACAAUUCACCAGAUCUGACUUUAUAAACUAUUCCAACUAACAUGUUCUACCCACCAUCUGGACCUUCUUCCUAUUUUACUAACUCGAAACAGCAAAAUAUCCGUGGGAAACCUUUAUUCCAGAUCAAACACUUUAUUUUGUUUUUUACUAAAAUCUAUUUAGAGCUCAUAAUAUGGAAUAUAAAUCGGCACGCGCUCUGGAGGAAAUUUCUUAUUUCAGGUGAAUAGUAUAGCAAAACCUCCAGACCCGAGUAACGGGGAUGAGAGGCGUAAAAAGCUGGGUGUGUGAACAAACUGGUUUAGCAAGUCACGUGAUCCGCUUCACGUCACGGUGAUGUUUUCAAACUAAGUGUUCCGUUUCACAGUGUAGAGCGCGCGGAGUGCGUGGACGGAACAUUUAUCUGAAAGUGGAGGAUCUGGUUUUCCAUACUGGGUGUUGAUGGGUAACGCACAGUGGAUUGUAUAGGGAAAAUUGUACAAUACCUACAGUGAAGUCACAUCCACAUAGGAACUAUCUGUAUAGGCAGAAUUUGGGAGUACGUGACCAACGUUACGCAAUGGAUAUUAGGAUACAGAAUCUCAAAGGAUAAAAUAUCACGUGCUUGUUAUUUGAAAUUUGUUGACAUUUUAAAUCUACGUGGGUUUGUUUAGUUGGUGAAGAAAAUGUGAAAUUAUUUAAGUUUGAUUAAUCACUGUAAACCAGAUUCAGUAUACACCAAGUUUUCAUGACGUCACCUAGUUGUAGAUGUAUAGUAAGCAUUGUAGGAUAAAUAAGGUUUUUAUUGUUCAGUUCAUGGUGUGAACGAGUGUUUUUGUACAAUACUGUGCAGGAUAAGGUUUUUGUUGUUCAGUUCUUUAAAAUACAAGCCACACAACUUGUCCUUUCUUUCAUUAAACCUGAUGGAAAAUAACAAAAAACCUGCAGAGGAGGAGAAAAUACAUGAUUACCCGUGAAACCGUUUGUUCCAAGUUCGGUUUCCGGUGACUGGGCCAUUUCCGUGCGGAUAGCAAAUUUUCCAGCGACGGCAGUGACCUCAAAAUAUUAGUUGUGGUAAUUUGACCAGGUAGUAGGCACACCAGCUAGCGGCGGUUGAAGAAACAAGUUCUAAAGUGACACCUGUAGCUGCUUACAUUUAAACUCGGCCAAGUUGUUCGUGUGUGUGUGGAUAUAUUCGGUGUUUUUUCUGUCAGCGGCUGAGUUGGUGUACUUAAUAUUCAACGUAUUAUUUGCCUGGAUGUUCGACAUGCUGCGCUUAAGAAAAUCAAAGAUCUAACAAUUCGUCUAUGAAGUCCGUGUCCUAUAGUUGGUUGGCGGCGUCGGCCUGCGCACCCCUGGUGGCUGUCUUAUCCUUAUGGACGGUGUACAUCUUCCACACAUAUAGGCGACACUGGCGAACGGUGGAUUUGUUUUUACUGGCCGUUGGCACACAAGAAUUAGUGACCGCUCUUUACGCCUUUGGCUUUGCUAUCCUGAACCUCUUCAGUCCAAGAGUUGGUCCCGCUUGUAGUUUUAUAUUAUGGGGCUUGACCGCAACUCGAACAUUUCAAAUCUUUACACUAGCUUCUCUUGUAGUGGACAGAGCUUUGACCAUUCGCUGGCCAUACAAAUAUCGCUUCAGUGUCCGUAGAAAUCAAAUCAGAUAUCAUAUAGCAGUGACUGCCGUUAUCGCUGUGAUUGUUGGUGUCGCGGCUGUAUUUGCUCGUUCCCCCGAUGAACUCCAACAGUACCAUUGUUCUGUCCACCCUCUGGGGUGGGACUACAGGUUUUCUAUCUUCAACAUCUGUCUCCACAGUGUUCUAAUGAUAACUGUGCUGGUUUGUUGCUUCGACUUGGAGGUGAAUCACUGCCGGACUCGCCACCGCAAACUACACUUUCCUGAUCCGUCAAUUGGACCCGAGAACUCUACAGGAACAGCUACCAGUAGCAGCGUCACGAGCAACUCCAGUGAAAGCACGCGGCCACUGCAUAGCCCUGGUCGGCAAGAGUCCCGCCGGCCCUACAACCCCGAGCAGACGAGUUCUGACUUCCGAUGGACCGCUGUAGAGGUCGUAUCGUGCCUGUGUUACCUUCUAAACCACCUACCAUGUCUG